AUGUGGAUGGCCACACCCAUCCCUAUCCCACAUGUCACAACCACAGCUGAGCAAGAGAAGCCACCACCACCCCCAGAGGAGCCCACACCUGAACGCCCCCAAACUGAACCUCCCCCAUCUGAGACCUCACCGACACGAGCAGUGCUGGGGGAGCUGAAGGUCUCCAGUGUCACCCCCAGCUCCGUGGGACUGCAGUGGAGCGUCCCCGAGGGCCCCUUUGACUCCUUCACACUGCAGUACCGGGAUGCCCAGGGCCAACCCCAGGCCCUGCCCAUCGAUGGCGGGUCCCGCUCGGUGACGGUGUCUGGGCUGUCCCCGUCCCGCCGGUACCGCUUCCACCUCUACGGGCUGCAGAACGGGAAGAGGAUCGACCGCGUCUCCAUUGAUGUCGCCACAGGCACGGCUGAACCAGAGGAGCCACUUCUGCCCUCAGAGGAGCCCCGACCUGAGCACCCCCAAACUGAGCCUCCCCCAUCUGAAGCCCCCCCAGCACAGGCAGUGCUGGGAGAGCUGAGGGUCUCCAACGUCACCCCCAGCUCCGUGGGGCUGCAGUGGAGCGUCCCCGAGGACCCCUUUGACUUCUUCACACUGCAGUACCGGGAUGCCCAGGGCCAGCCCCAGGCCCUGCCCAUCGAUGGCGGGUCCCGCUCGGUGACGGUGCCGGGGCUGUCCCCGUCCCGCCGGUACCGCUUCCACCUCUAUGGGCUGCGGGGCGGGAAGAGGAUCGACCGUGUCUCCAUUGAUGUCACCACAGGUGAGGAGGAAGGUCAGAGGGAUGGAGGGAUGGAUUGA